AUGUGUAUUGAGGUCAAUGCUAAUCGUCAUUAUAAAAAAUAUAUUCGUCAAAAACAAAAACGUCAUCUAGUUUUUAUUAAUAAUAAUACAAACUCUAUUUAUGAUGGUAUACCAUUACCAAAUAAAAUUCGUCCGUCUGCUCCACCUCUUGAAUUACCUGAUAUAAAUUUACCAUAUUUUACUGCUCGUACAACAUAUUAUACACAUCCAUCAUCGUCUACAUUUUCGAAAAGAAGCCGAUUACGACGACGAAAUCGUACUCGAACAACUUCUGCAUUACAACGGAUCAUCUGGACAACUACACCAAUAUUUUUAGAUAUCGAUGGAUUCUCUAAUGAUACAAAUGAGGCCGAUACAGAUAAGAAUGAUUACCAGUUGACUAAAUCCUUUGUUAUUAUAAAUCCACAGCCGCAAUAUCCGAUUAUCAAUCGUGGAAUAGAAACUACUUCAAUAAUGAAAACUCUUUCAACAAUAACAACUAAUUCUUGGAGUCUAUUUCAUCCACCUAAUGUAUCUUCGGAUUUUGUUCAUGUGAACAUCCUUCCUCCAACAAAAGAUUCUACCACAUCUCGAGGGCAUUAUCCAAAACAAAUACAAACAACAGCAACAAACAGAAUAUGGAUGUAUAAUACUACAACAUCAUAUAUUAACCGUGGUUAUUCAUUCGUUCAGACUCAAUUACCAUUCUACGGAUAUACACGAUCAAGUAUUUAUUAUAACAGAUAUUUAUCGACCAUUCGUUCAACUCGCUAUCGACCACCUCCACCUACAGUACCAAGAAGUUUUACACGUUCAUUCAGGCCAGAAUCAUCAACAAGAUACACACAAUCUAAUCUACCGCCAACACUAUCAUCAAGACCAUAUGUGUUUUCAUCAAGUAUUUCAAAUCCUACCCUACGACUAACAUCUACGACAAUACCUACUCUCUUAUCUCCAUCAUCAACUGAAUCAAAUUAUUUAAUUCCAUCAUUUAAUAAACACGAAUGGCUAUUUGAUGUACCAUCUCUCUCAUUAAUUAUUGAUAACUAUCCGCGUUUUUCAACUAUUACUAAAUGGUUACAUGAAUUGUCCCAACAUCAAAAUAUAUCAAAAUUUUUUUCCUAUCAAGAAUUUGGUAAAACAUAUGAAAAUCGUUCAUUACUCAUUGCUAAAAUUGGUAUUUUACCGUUUAAUAGUUUACGUCGUAGUAUAUGGUUAGAUUCAGGUAUACAUGCUAGAGAAUGGUUAUCAACAGCCACAGUUCUUUACACAAUUGCACGUUUAAUUAAUGGUACUCUAGCAAGAGACAAUCACAUACGAGAAUUAAUUGAUAAUUAUGAUUUUUAUUUUAUGCCCGUAGUAAAUCCUGAUGGAUAUGAAUUUACACAUACGGGAGGAAAUUUUGGACGUAUGUGGCGAAAAAAUAGACGACCACCAGCCAUAACAGCAGACAGAGUAAAUAAUGAAUGUUAUGGAGUUGAUUUAAAUCGUAAUUUUCCUUAUGCAUGGGAUAAUCGUGGUUCAUCAAAAUUUUCUUGUGAAGAAACUUAUCGUGGACCAUAUCCAGAAUCUGAACCAGAAGUACGUUGUAUAACAAGUUUUAUUAUGAAACGUAAACGUUAUUUUCAAUCAUUUCUCACUAUGCAUGCAUUUGGUAACUAUUGGAUGUUACCAUGGUCAUUUACUACUCGAAUUCGAUCUUAUGAUUAUUAUAAAAUUGAAAAAUUAAUUAUAAAUGCUAAUAAACAAAGUGGAAAUACGUUUAAAAUUGGACAAUCAUCAAUAUUAUUGUAUCCCGCUACGGGUACAAGCGAAGAUUGGGCAAAAGCUGUUGCUAAUAUUCCUCAUACAUUUUCAAUUGAAUUACCACCAUCGACAGAUUCAUUUGAUACGAGACAAAAUGAAAUGAAUGGUUUCUCGUAUUAUCAUGAGAAUGAUAUUGCGCAAGUAGCAGAGAAUACUUUUAGAAUGAUAAGAAUAUAUUUAAAAGAUGUAAUCAAAGAGUAUAGAACAGCACAUAAUAAUAAUAAUAAUAAACACUAA